AUGUCAACUUCUCUUGAAUAUGAUGUUCUCUCAGAAAAAAACAAAAAAGUUCUUGAUUUCAUAGAGAAUGUUACUACACACGCAGAUGAAAUCCAAAAGAAAGUGUUAGCUGAAAUUCUGUCUCACAAUGCAAAUGUUGAGUAUUUACAAAGACAUUGUCUCAAUGGCCAAACAGAUAGUGAAACCUUCAAGAAACUUAUCCCUAUCAUAACCUAUGAUGAUAUCAAAAAUGAUAUUAACCGUAUCGCCAAUGGUGAUACUUCUCCAAUCCUAACAUCAAACCCCAUUUCACACUUUCUCACUAGCUCAGGAACAUCUGGUGGUGAGAGAAAGUUGAUGCCAGCAACAGAAGAAGAAUCUGGAAGAAGAUAUUUUCUAUAUAGUCUAUUGAUGCCAAUAAUCAGUCAAUUUGUUCCUGACCUAGAAAAAGGCAAAGGAAUGUACCUAAUGUUCAUAAAAAGUGAAUCUAAAACACCAGGAGGCAUUAAAGCUAGUCCUGUUCUCACAAACUAUUACAAAAGUUCUCAUUUUCUAAACAGGUCUUAUGAUCCAUACACAAAUUUCACAAGUCCAAAUGAAACUGUUCUUUGCCUUGACUCAUACCAAAGUAUGUAUUCACAACUUCUAUGUGGUCUUUGUCAAAACAAUGAGGUCCUUCGCGUCGGUGCUGUUUUUGCUUCUGGUCUCAUUCGCGCCAUUCGGUUCCUCGAGAAAAAUUGGUCACUUUUUUGCAAUGAUAUUAGAACAGGAACAAUUAAUCCUCUCAUCACUGACAGUUCAGUGAGAGAGGCUGUGAUGAAGAUUCUCAAACCUGAUAAAAAUCUUGCUGAUUUUGUUGAAUUUGAGUGUAGCAAAGGUUGUUGGCAAGGUAUUAUAACUAGGUUGUGGCCUAAUACUAAGUAUGUUGAUGUUAUUGUGACAGGAACAAUGUCACAGUAUAUUCCUACCUUGGAUUAUUAUAGUAAUGGUCUUCCACUUGUUUGUACUAUGUAUGCUUCCAGUGAAUGCUUUUUUGGUGUUAACCUUAAUCCUCUUUGUAAACCUUGUGAUGUGUCUUAUACCCUUAUCCCUACCAUGUGCUACUACGAAUUCUUACCGGUUAAUAGAAGCAAUGAUCCUGUACAUGAGAAAGAAAAGCAAGAAUUGGUGGAUCUUGUUGAUGUCAAGCUUGAUCAAGAAUAUGAGCUUGUUGUUACCACUUAUGCUGGACUUUAUAGGUACAAAGUGGGGGAUGUAUUAAAAGUAACUGGAUUCAAGAACAACGCACCACAAUUUAAAUUUGUCUGCAGAAAAAACGUUGUUCUAAGCAUCGAAUCAGAUAAAACAGACGAAGUUGAGCUACAAAAUGCAAUAAAAAAUGCGGCCACACAUUUAGCACCAUUUGAAGCAGAUGUAGCAGAAUACACUAGUUAUGCAGACAUAAGAACAAUUCCAGGACACUAUGUGUUGUAUUGGGAAUUAAAUCUUAAAGGUUCAACAAAAAUUCCAGAUUGUGUUUAUGAAGAUUGUUGUUUAACUGUUGAAGAAUCGCUUAACAGUGUUUAUCGACAAGGUCGUGUUUCAGACAAAUCAAUAGGGCCACUUGAGAUUAAGAUUGUGGAGCAAGGGACAUUUGAUAAACUUAUGGAUUAUGCUAUUGGUUUGGGAGGUUCAAUAAAUCAAUACAAAACUCCUAGGUGUGUGAAAUCUGCACCUGUUGUGGAGCUUUUGGAGUCGAGAGUUGUGGCAAAUUAUUUUAGUCCAAAAUGUCCAAAAUGGGUUCCUGGUCGUAAGGAUUGGAAUAAUCAUGAAAAUUGA